CCGCGCUGGGCUGGUUUCCGCUUCCGGGUGGUGUAUCCCUGUGGCGCGUUCUUGAAGCUCAGCGGUCGCCAUGGAGCUGUUGGGAGAGUACGUCGGGCAGGACGGGCAGCGGCAGCGGCUACGAGUGCCCUGUGAGGCGCCAGGCAAUGCCGACCAUUUCCAGGGCUUGCUGUCGGGCGUGGCUCGGAUGAAGGAGCUGGUGGCCGAGCUCUUCGGUUCCCCGGUACAGGGGGAAGCGCAGGACCGGGUGGCGGCGGCGGCUCCAGAAGAGGCCUUGGACGGUGAUGAUGAAGAUGAUGCAGAAGAUGAAAAUAACAUUGAUAACAGAACUAACUCAGAUGGACCAACUGCAAAACGGCCAAAACCACCAUCUUAACAGUGGCUUUUACGAAAUUUAAAGACUGCCACUGUCUUAUCACAUACUGACAUUUAAGGAAGACUUAUGUUCUAACGUGGAAAGCAUUCACUUUGUUCCCCUGGAACUGUUUUGUCAAAGGAGAAACCCUUCUUCUGUUCCCAAUGAAGAAAAAUAUAAUAAAUGUUUAGAAAUGAA